AUGAACUCCUCCAACCAUUCCUCUGUCGUCUCUGGCUAUCUGCAACUUGAUAUCGCUGUCACCACUGCCUGCUAUGCAGUCAACCUCAUCCUGAGUCUACCCACCAAUGUCUAUGUCCUGUGGCUGAUACUGAGCGGAGCCGGAGGGACGAUGGCCUCAGAGUUCUUCACUCUCAACUUGGCUGUAUCUGAGAUACUCUUCUGCCUGUCUUCUGUCUUUGUCUUUGUCUACAUACAUCUCCAUAUUCCUCCUCUCCGAGCUAUAGCAUCAUUCAUUAAUGGUUUUAUAAUCCCAGGCCGCCCCCUGUUCCAGUGCUGUAUAUGUUUUGAGCGAUACCUGGCAGUUGUCCACCCUGUGGUCUUCCUGAAGUACAGACCCCUGAGAUACAAGGUGGGGUGUUCUGGAUUGGUUUGGCUGGUUUUGAUUGGGUUCUGUUUCCCUUUUUUGUUUGUAAUGCAGCAUAACUUCUUAUUUUAUGUGUUUUGUGUUGAAAUUAUUAUCUUAAUAUCAUUUCUGUUAUUCUGCUGCCUCUCAGUUCUCAGGGCUUUGAAACAGUCUGGGCCGGGGGAAGGGGAGAGAGAGAGGGAGGGGACAAAUAACAUGAAGAUGAGGGCGUUUAAGAUCAUUUUCAUUAUCAUGGUGUCUAUGAUGGCAGACUACUUUCCAUGGGCCAAUUGUAACCUGUUUGUUUAUAACUGUUUUGUGAUUGCUUAUAAAGAGGUGAAGAAUCCCGGCCGCAAACCUGAACCUAUAGGGGAGGGUCCGGGUGGGCAUCUACCCUCGGUGGUGGCUCCGGUUAGGGGCGCAGCCCCCUCUCCCUACGCUGAUCCCUCCGCUUCUGUGGAACCGGACCAUGGAUCAUCGCCGGAGGCUCUGAACUGGGAACCACCUCUGGAGGCACUGGACUGCGGCUUGUCGCUGGAGACCCCGGAAUGGGGACUGUCGCUGGAGACCCCGGACUGGGGAACGUCGCUGGAGACCCCGGACUGGGGACCGUCGUUGGAGGCUCCGGACUGUGGUCCAUCUUUGAAGGUUCCGGACUGUGUACCGUCUUUGGAGGUUCCAGACUGUGGACCGUCACAGGAGGUUCCGGACUGUGAAACGUCCCCGGAAGCUCUGGACUGA